UUUGAACGUCGUUCAUUCAGCCGAGAUGACCCCCCAGGGCCGCGCCAACCCAAAGGUCCCAAAGACGGCCCUUUUAAUCGGAAUAAUAAUCGUUACGAAAGACGCCGCGUUUCCGAGAAUAAAGAGGAAGAACCGGAGUGGUUCUCAGAAGGCCCCAUCUCUCAACACGACACGAUUGAGUUGCGCGGAUUCGAUGACUCCGAAAAAAUCAACAAGAAGAAACCCGGAAGUCAGCGUAAAAAAGCUCGCGACAAGGAAAGAUUAAUCAACCGGUAUGGGUCUCAAAAACUCGAUGAGAUCUCAACAGAUAAAUCUAAAGAAGCCCAAUUUGAUAAAGAAGGAGAUAAAGAAGCACCGCAGGCGGAGAAAAGCUCUAACAAAGACGCGAAUAAAGAGAAAACUUCUCAGGUUAUUAAUAAUGCAACGAAAUCGGAAUCGGACGAUUUCAAUUUGGACGAUUUCCUACAAAGCGACAUUCCGAGUAUUUUAAGGAAUGGAAUCGAGAAUCAACCGUCGGGGAGUUCGAAAUUUAGCCAGUGGUUUAAGCGGGAAUCGCCAAUUAAAAAUUCGAACCACAGCAACUCGUCGAUGGAAGACGACCAAAACCAUGUAAUCAACACAAUACUCAACGAUAUCACCGAAUCGACCGUUAAUAUUCCGGGUGACGCCGAAUCGUAUUUCGCCCCGAUUUCCCCCGCGGCUAAUACGACGCCCUCUGGAGUUCCCUCGCAAGCUUUCAUCGAGAUGUUACACAAAAGUAAGCAGCAACAUCAAAGGAGUUCUCAAGGAAAAAAUAUUGGAAUAUCCCCCGCGAAAAUGUUAAGCCUUGAAGAAUUAGAAGCUAAAGUACGUAAAGCCGAAAUAGGCCCAUCAGGAGAUAUGCGCGCGGCGCAUCAAAACGUAACAUCCGAAACCGACGAGAACGCCGCAUUUGAAAAGCUUUUAGCUCAAGACAAUGCGGGAAAUUUAAGCUUGGCGAGUAACGGUCCAACCGCGAAACCUCCCCCGCAACCGAUGAGCCUCAUGGAGAUGUUGUCGCACUCUCAAAAACAAGACGAAGCCGCCCGAAUGAUUCAAAUGAUGAGCGCUUCCGGGUUGUUACCCCCCGAAAUUUACAAGCAAGGUCAACGACAACACCAAAUGCCAUUGAAUGAUAUCGGGAUACAAGUCGCCAGUCGAGAGUUGUUGAAUCGACCGGAAGCUCAAGCUAUUUUUCAAGGACUGAAAAGGGGCGACAUCACGCCGCAGAAUCUUUACCAGCAGCUGGCUAAUCCAGCCAUGCAAUCGAGACACCGCGAGCUCAUUCAGACGAUACUGAAGACGUUGCCGGGUGCUGUGGCGGCCGCCCCCGGACCGAGCCCCAGAGUGCUCAGCCCGAUGGCCCCACAAACCCAGCAACACGCUACGUUUACACCCCAACAACAACAACAACAACAGCAGCAGCAACUUCGCGUUUCCCCGUUACCCCCCGUUAACGCGUACUGCGCAUCGCCAAUUUUAGCCACUAGCCCUAACACCCUUACAAUACCCGCUUUGCAUCAACGUAUUCCAUCCCCGCGCGAGCUCCAACUCCACACGCAACACAUCAUGCACAACGCGUUGAUUAAAAAGAAACUGGAGGAGCAGACCGAGAAUUUCCGAAAAAAGCAGGAGUCGCAACAAAGGGCUCAACAAGUCGGUGGGGCGCCCCCACCGGCUAAAAACGUGGCGUCCCCCACGCAAUUGGCCUGGGGCACGCCAACGUCGGUUUUGCGAAAAAUGACCGCCGAUAAAGAUGAGGGGAAAGAUGCCAACAAAAAUGACCCGAAUAAAAUCGUCCAACAGCAACAAGGUCGCCCGUUAACCGGAAUGCGGCAAACUCAACCCGCUCCGCAACAACAAUGGAACACUCAGUAUCCGCAAAUUAAUAAUAAAGGUAGAGCCAUUGUAAAAAAUAACGCAAAUUACCAACAAGUCCAACAACAUCCACAACACGAUCAAUACAUGUUGCAACAAAGGCUUUUUAAUCAGCAACAACAACAACAGCAGCGAAAACAAACCCAACAAUACAACAUGCAAUUUGGUGGGAAUUUCGGAGGUCAAACGGGACAAUUUAACCAUCAACAAUUGCGGGCUCAACACCAAGCUAGGGCUCAACAUCAGCAUCAAGCUCAAGCUCAACCACAACCCCAACCCCAACAACAAGCUCCGCAACAACAAUCUCAACAGCAACAAUAUGGUCAUCAAUGGAUGUUACAAAAUCAGAACUUUGAUAAUAGACAACAAGUAAUCGGAGGUAAUCGUUCCGGGACUACCAACGGCGGCGAAAUGUCCCCCACAAGUAAUCAAUUGGCGCGUUGGUUCUCUUCGGAUUUACUAGAUCGCGCACGUAAAGGUAAACUGCCGACGAUGCCGCCGAACCUGGCUCAACACGCGCUCAGUUUGGAGGAAAUCGAGCGCCAGGCGACGCCGGCCGUUCAUAAUUGAGAGUCGUUCCCGUACCUGCCGUCGCCCGACAACGACGCCACCGUUCAUUUCCCCCCCGUCGCGUCGCAGGUAAGAACACCAACAAUGAGAUAAAGGGGGAAAAGUUAAUUACAAAAAGAAAUAAUGAGUAAAUUAAAGUUGGGCGAUGUUGUCGAGCGUUUAAAACAAAAAAAAAGUGUAUAUAAAACGUUCUUAUCGCUGUCCCUUGCCCGCUUUAUACGUCAAAAUACACCUUGAUGAUGUUGAUGAUGAUGGAGGUGGGAAAAGGAGGAGGAGAAGGAAGUGUGGAGGUGGUGGGAUUGUUGAUGGUUGUUACAUUCCAGCUCAAAAAAAUGAUUUAAACGAAAGGUUAUAUUUAAAAAAAAAUGAUUUGUUAAGGGACGACCGCCCCCACCCUCAUAUUCCCCAAUCGUUAUCUGGACGUCCCCAAAAAAAAAAAAAAAAACCGCCCUCCUGUGUAUAUAAGUUGCGCAGUGUUCAGUGUACUCUCGAGAUUGAGAUUUUUUUUGUUCGAUUAAUAACUAAUUAAUAAUAAACUUUACGAUAAAUGAGAAAAAA